AUGGCCACUACCAAGGUUUACUUCGACAUCACCGCCGGCGGCUCUGCCCUCGGCCGCAUCGUGAUGGAGCUCGAGAAGGCCAAGGUGCCAAAGACCGCUGAGAACUUCCGCGCUCUCUGCACCGGCGAGAAAGGCUUUGGCUACGCCGGCUCCCCAUUCCACCGCGUCAUCCCACAGUUCAUGCUCCAGGGAGGUGACUUCACCAAGCAGAACGGCACUGGCGGCAAGAGCAUCUACGGCGAGAAGUUCGCCGAUGAGAACUUCGAGUUGAAGCACACCGGCCCUGGUAUCCUCUCCAUGGCCAACGCUGGCCCCAACACCAACGGCUCGCAAUUCUUCAUCUGCACUGAGAAGACCUCUUGGUUGGACGGCAAGCACGUCGUCUUCGGCAAGGUCGUCGAGGGCAUGGACAUCGUCCGCAAGGUCGAGGGCUUCGGUAGCCAGAGCGGCAAGACCAGCACCCAGGUCCUCAUCGCUGCCUCCGGCGAGUUGUAA